AUGGCGUCCGACUCCAUGGAGGCGGCCCCUCCAGCCCCCCACAAGCCUCUGUUCGGGUCCUGCUGGGCCUGCCGCCUUCUGAGCGGGAUGGCGCUGAUCGGCUCCAGCGUCUGGGUCUACCUGGGGCCUCGCAGGGUCAUGCAGCAGAGGAUCCCCCCCAACAUGUGGCACAUCACCCAGCUGGCUUUCGCCAUCGGUCUUUUCUCUUGGGGUGCUGUAGUGAUUGUUGAUCCGGUUGGGAAACAGAAGCGGAAAGGGGAGUGAG